UUUCUUUCUUCUCCACUACCUCUUUCUUCUUCUUCUUCUUCUUCUUCUACAUAAUCACUAAGGAAAUUGAACUUAAUUUCCAUUCAAUUCAACACACUUUCACAAAUAUCCUUGGCUAGCUCUCCUUAAUUACUUACCUUUUUCUACCAUUAAUUACACAUUUAAUUUAGAAAAAUAACACACUUUUUAGCUCUUUAUAAUAUAACACACUUCUCUCACCCCCAACACAUGAAAAUUCUUCUUCUUCUUCCUUAGAUUAUAUAUAUAUAUACAAGUACAACUAUAUAUAUAUAGAUAUAUCUGUUGAAAUUAAUGGAAAAGCAUUUGAAAACCAUGACAACUCCAUCGCCAACAUCGCCAUCUCCGACCACCUUCGUCCAAGCAGACCAAAACAACUUCAAAGACUUAGUACAGAAACUCACCGGCUCCUCCGGCAACUCAUCGGAGAAACUUCCGAUCACCGUCCCAACCAGGCUUUCCUCCAAGCCCACCAACCUUCCCGUCGAGUACCCAACCGGACCCCGCCGAUCCCCGUUCAAGCUCCAAGACCGGAGACAGACCAUGAGAAAGCUGGAGAUCAAGCUCAGCCUCGCCACCAUCAAUGGCGGAGGUGGCUCGUCGCCGAGUCAGAUGAUUCACUGGGUCGACUCGCCCAUUCCCAGCCCGGUGACUCCACUCGGGUCCGAGUCAAUGUUUGUGCCCAGCUCGUCAGGGUCGCAGUCGCCGGCGUCUCCGGCCGUUUCGGAGGAGGAGAAAGCGAUCGCCGAAAAGGGUUUUUACUUGCACCCUUCGCCGUUGAGUACGCCGAGACAGUCAGAGCCGCCGGAGCUCUUGAAUCUCUUCCCGUUGACUUCUCCCGGCCAUGACCAAAGGUGAAGAAGGAUCAAGAUAUAUAUAUAUAAUUAUUACUAUUUAUUUCACUAGUUUGGGUUUGGUAAAGAAAAAGAAAAAGGAAAAAAAAUAAUCUUACUUUUUUUUUAUUUAAUUAUUUUAUUUUCUUGUUAAAUAUUGUUGCAUGAGUUUCUUUUAUUUAUUUUUUUAAUAAUUUUUUGGGAUGUAUUUAUAUAUAUAUUAGUGUAAUAUUUAGUAUUUAAUAGAUAUGUGACAUUAUGAGAAUUGAUGAGAACCUUCUUGUUUUGUU